AUGGAGCCGAGAUGGCGCAGCUUGGCCCGACCUACCCUCCGACCGCAGACAAGCUGCUGGAGGGGAGUCUUUCCCUGCACUGCCGCCGAUCUUCCCCAAACAUCUCAGAAGAGAGCAGGUUUGAGGCAUGCCUUACCCAGAUUAUCCGUCUCCGUCGUGGCAGCUUUGCUUGCGAGACGAAGCCCCGUCGCACGAAGCGCCCGUGAGCCAGCGCGCGAGCCCCCUGAAGGCGAGGAUCCUCUCGCCGGAGUCCUGCCUUUUGCUGCGGCUGCUGUGAUUGGCCUGAUCGCCUUCGCGCCCGCCCUCGUCGUGGGCUCGGCUGCUCUCUGGUGGUCCCUCCUCCUUGCUGGGAGUGUCGUGGGGCUGCUCUACUUCAGUGUGGCCCUUCCCCUGAUGAUCAGCGCAAUCGCGGUGGCCGGGCUUCUCCUGGUGCCUCUGCUGGCCGCCAACUUCGUGGCGGCGACGGCCAUCUCCUUUGUGGCCUCCCUGGUGGCAGCUGGAGCCGGAGGCUUGCUGGUUUGGGUGGCCAUGGGCAAUCCUCUUCCCUUUGAGGCCAUGUCAGCCCUUCUGCCCAAGGAGUCCAAGGCCCCCUCCCUCGAUGCCCAAGAGGAUCCCUUUCAAGACUGGGAUCGCCGAUUUGCGCGGAAUUCCCAGGCCGCGCGGCCUGAGUCUGCGCAGCCCGCGCAGCCUGCUCAGCCGGCUCAGCCCGCGCAGCCCGCGGAGCCCGCGGAGCCCGCGCAGCCUGCGCAGCCGCGCGCGAGACUCCGGCUCGAAGACUUGAGCUCGACCUCCAAGCUGGCGGAUUUGCGGGCAUACAUUGCCCAGGAGGGGUUUUCCAUCAAGACCGGCGGCCGGAGCAAGUCUGAGAUUUGGGCAGAGUUGAUCCAGAAUGUGGCCAAGCGCUUCAUCAACGAAAGCUAA